GCGCGCCGGUGCGGGGUGGGGCGCGCGCAGGGCCCCUCAGGAAAGCCGCGGAAUUCUCGGGGAUCCCGGCUCGAUCCCGGCCCAUGUCCCGCGGGGAAGGCGAUUCCAGCCCUGCAUCCAAGCGCUGCGCAGGAUCCUCUGCUCCCAUGGAGACUCCCAAAAAGCUGGUGAACUCCGUGUCCGGCUGUGCCGACGAUGCCCUGGCUGGGUUGGUGUCCUGCAAUCCCGGGCUCCGGCUCCUGCAGGGCCACCGGGUGAUCCUGCGGGAUGACCUUGUGGCUGUGCGUGGCCGCGUGGCCCUGCUGUCCGGAGGGGGCUCCGGCCACGAGCCAGCCCACGCAGGAUACGUUGGGAAGGGAAUGCUGACCGGAGUGGUGGCCGGAGCCGUGUUCACAUCCCCAUCCGUGGGCAGUGUCCUGGCGGCCAUCCGGGUUCUCACACAGGCCGGAGCAGCUGGGAUCCUCUUGAUCGUGAAGAACUACACUGGGGACCGGCUGAAUUUUGGGAUGGCCCUGGAGCGGGCGCGCUCCGAAGGGGCCGACGUGCGGAUGGUGGUGGUGGGAGACGACUGUGCCUUCGCCACACCGGGAAAAGCCGGGAGACGCGGGAUCUGCGGAACUGUCCUCAUCCAUAAAGUGGCGGGAGCACUGGCAGAGGCGGGAGCGGGUUUGGAUGAGAUCGUGGAGAAGGUGACGGCGGCUUCCAAAGCCAUGGGUACCCUGGGUCUCAGCCUGUCUCCCUGCAGCAUCCCGGGAUCCAAGCCCUCAUUCCGGCUGGCUGAGGAUGAGAUGGAGCUGGGGCUGGGGAUCCACGGAGAGGCCGGAGUGCGCAGGAUGAAGGUGCUGCCGGCGGAUGAGGCCGUGGAGACGAUGCUGAAGCACAUGACGGAUCCAUCCAAUGCUUCCCACAUAUCCCUGACCCCUGGAUGCUCCGUGGUGCUUAUGGUGAACAAUCUGGGUGGAUUAUCCUGCCUGGAGCUGGGAAUCGUGGCUGGAGCUGCCGUGAGCAGACUGGAGAGCCGAGGGAUCCGCAUUGCCCGGGCCUUGGUGGGAUGCUUCAUGACAGCCCUGGAAAUGGCCGGAGUCUCCCUCACUCUCAUGGUGGUGGACGGGGAGCUGCUGCGCCUGAUUGACGCCAAGACCAUGGCCAUGGCUUGGCCCAACAUUCCCGCGGGACCGGCGACCACCCGGAGAGAGGAGAUUCUAGCGCCAAUGGAUGUUCCAGGGAAGCCAAUGGACGAGACCGGCACAGGUUGGGAGCUGAAAUCCCUUGUCACCCCUCCCAUGCCUGGCUUUUCCUCAGGAAUGUCUUGUUCCGCAGGGCCUAGAGCAGCACAGGUGGAGCAGGUCCUGGAGCGGGUGUGCAGCACUUUGCUGGAUAUCCAGGAUAAGCUCAACCAGCUGGAUCGGGCAGCAGGAGAUGGGGAUUGCGGUCACACGCACGCCCGGGCGGCCCAUGCUAUCCGUGAAUGGAUGCGCUCCUGUCCGCCUCCGGCCGCCCCAUCCCAGCUCCUCUCCUGCCUGGCUGACCUGCUGCUGGAAAAGAUGGGAGGCUCCUCCGGAGUGCUCUACGGGCUCUUCCUGACGGCGGCCGCCCGGAGCCUGCGCAACCGGAGCGAUCCCGCGGCGUGGGCUGAUGCCGUGGAUUCUGGGAUCGACGCCAUGCAAAGGUAUGGAGGAGCCGCACCAGGAGACCGGACGAUGCUGGAUUCGCUGUGUGCAGCCGCAAAGGCUCUGCAUUCCCUGCGCAUUCCCGGGGCUGACCCGCUCCAGGUGCUGGAGGCCGCGGUGCAGAGCGCCGAGGUGGCGGCAGAGGCCACCAAGGACAUGGAGGCCGGGGCAGGAAGAGCCAGUUACAUCCGCUCAUCCCGGCUGGAGCAUCCUGAUCCCGGGGCUGUGGCCGUGGCUGCCGUGCUGGGGGCCGUGCUGGGGGGGCUGCGGGACCCCCUGGCCACCCCCCAUUAGUGUUUCCCAAAAACCCUCCCUGUCUCCCUAUAGCUACAGGGAUGUGGAUCCCAAUAAACCUUAGGAGACCAGUCCCCCAGUAACCCUUUUUGUCCCCUCACACUGACAAGGAUGUGGAUCCCAAAAAACCUCUGUGUCCUCCACUAAAUCUUUUUGUCCCUUCUCGGUCAUAGGGAUGUGUAUCCCAAAAAACCUCUGCGUGUCCCCUCAUAGUGACGAGGACGUGUAUCCCAAUAAACCUUUGGAGCCUUGUCUCCCAGUAAA